AUGUCUGAAGGGAAGCAGCGAACUCUCUCCACCUCUGGAGAGUCUCUGUAUCAGAUCCUCGGCCUGGAGAAAGGCUGCAACCAUGACGAAAUCAAGAAGUCCUACAGGAAGCUGGCGCUGCGGUACCACCCGGAUAAGAACCCGGAUAACCCAGAGGCAGCAGAGAAGUUCAAGGAGCUGAACAGCGCCCACGCCACUCUGUCGGACCUCAGCAAGAGGAACAUCUACGACUCGUAUGGCUCCCUGGGACUCUAUGUGGCUCAGCAGUUUGGAGAGGACAAUGUCAACACCUACUUCAUGCUGUCCACCUGGUGGGCCAAGGGUCUGUUCGUGGUCUGCGGGAUCCUGACAGGUUGUUACUGUGGCUGCUGUCUCUGCUGCUGCUGCAACUGCUGCUGUGGAAAACUCAAGCCCCCGCCCGCUGGCGAGGAGACGGAGCCAGGCUACGUCUCCCCCGAUGACCUAGAGGACGAGAUACGCAACAAUGCUGACAAUGAUGUUGAAACACCGAUCGUCCACCAGCCCGCCAAUGCCAGUGAGAAGACGCAGCUAAUCGGAGACGGCCAGCGCAAAUACGGAGACACGUUCACCUGA